AUGGCAUUCUUCAAGGAAGGUUUUUCCAAGAUCAUUCACGCUGUGAAAGGAGAUCCGAACCAAGCGGUACCAUACGAUGGCCGCUUAUCAGCCGACUGUUUUCAGAUGCAUGACGGAAUGUUGCUUGGAAUUGCAAACUUGGUGCCCCGCACAUUAGCAUAUUUGCCGGGAGCCGGGCUGAUCGGCUUCUGCACAGCGGCUGGCCAUGUCAAGCUAGUUUCGGACGAACAUGAGAUGACUUUGACGAAUCCGGCUGCACCCUUGCAGCCGGAAUUUCUGAGCUUCCCGAGGCCUGGUCUGAUCUUGUUGGUGGGCGUGGCUACAUCUCCUCCCGAUCGAGCCAAGGCCCCGCAGUCAUCAUCGUCAGCGGGACAUUUCAAGAGCGCAAGUUGGAUGGCCCAAUGGUGGGAGCUGAGCGGAGGUGGGCAUCAACCUCCUCAAAGUGCCUGGCUGCGGUUCGGUGUGACAUGCACAGCAACAGCCGAAGAUGCGUGUCUGGUUUUCUUCGGUACUGACGAAGGUGAUGUCCGUGUUUUUGAUGCUGGCGAACGGCCGCACGUGGGAUCGUAUUGCAUUUCGUUUGCAUCUUUGCACAAUUACAAAAAGCCACAAAACUUGGCAUGCCCAAUCACAGCCGUGGCAGUGGUACCUCAAUCUGCGACAGAGUUGUUAGUGGCCACUGGGGAUGGAACCUUGGUGUUAUGGUCCUUUGACAAGCACCGUGUUUGUCGAACGUACGAUUGCAGUUCUCCUGUUGUUUCCCUGGCCUGGUGCCCCUCUGGUUCGCAUUUCUUGACAGCAUCACGGAGCGACAUGUCCAUUUAUUGUCGUUCGAGCUCUUCGGUGUUGGUCCGCGUAGUGCUCCCCGGUGGCAUAUCCCAGCACGCGAGCAUUUUGCAGUGGGUUGUUGGAGACCUCUCGGUCAUUCCGCAUGACAAGUUGUCGAAAAACUUGGGCCAGGUACUUCUUAUGCGGACCAUCCCAAAUGCUGCACUGCUUCGGGUUUCGGGAGAAAGUUGGUCACAUGUUGAACCGAUCAUGGCAGAUGUCACAAGUGCUGUGCUGUGUCGUGGAAAUCCUGAUGACCAGCUCUGCGGUUGUCCCAACUUGCCAGCUGCGCCGGCACAAGAAUCAACCGGAGAAGAAACGGCCAGACAAGAUGCCUCAAAUCAGUGUGUGCUCGCCGUUCGAAGGACGCCAACUGGUGCAUUUGCCGUUUCCGUGCUAGGGGCUGGUGCAAGCCGGAUUUGGCCUGCCAGCUGGGGCUCCUUGCAGAUGUCCAAUGUGUCUUGCGUUCAGCUCCUUCCGAAAAAGGUGCUGCAGCUUCAGAGUGCUGCAGAAGCAAGCAUCGUGGAAACUAGCCCCAAAGCCUCACAAGUGGAAAGCGGCGCAGGGGAACCUCGGGUGCAAUGGGCCGUCCGUGAUGGGACCUUACAAAAUUCAGUGGAUAUGUCCUGCGGUGAAGGGUUUUCAUCUACUGAUGGCUGGUUCAUCCUGACCGGCUGUGACAGUGGUUCGGAUACAGGCCAUGCUGAGGGAGACACACUUCGCUGGAAACUACCGUCCGAUGUGCAGCUUGUAGAGUGUGAGGCCAGUUUUAGCCUAGAUGCCAAGGUACUCAUAACCAUUUGGGAUGAUGCCGGGACUGAGAACAUGCUACAGCUUGACGUGCCAGAGCAAUUGGCCAGCUCGGGCACAAUGCAGCAUGAUGUGGAGCUGGCACCCGGGGCUGAGCUCUGUCUUCAGUUUCAGCCGGAUGCUGAUGUUGCUGGGUUCAGUGUGGCUGUCGAUGGCUGCUCGCUUCCUUGGCGGGUGCAGCGACCGCAAGCCAUGCUUUGGCGCUGUCAGCACGGUGAGCUUCGAAUCCGCCACAUGUUCGCACGCAUCAGCCCCACCGACUGCAUGGAAGAUCCGACAGUAUUCAGCACCGAAGAUACAAGCUGCAUGCAGUUUUCCCCCACGCAGCUUGUGGAGAUGAUGUUUGCACACCACUUGGCGCACUUUCGAAGCUUCGUGCAAGGCACUUGUCUUUCGCCGAUUUGCGAGGCCUUCGUCGAAAGCUGGGCACUGCUUGCGGGAGGCUGCCAGGGCUUAUUGUGUAGUGGGCACAAAGAUGGUUGCAUCAGGAUAUGGUUGCGCAGUCAUGCUUCGGUUCUCCUUCUGCAUGUUCUUUCAGUCCAGUCCCUGGCAUCUCUGCCUUGGCGACCACGCUUUGAUCCUAGCACGGGCUUGCGGGACCCAGUCCUGGGCCUGGGCCAUGUGGGCCAUUUCUAUGAUGGUGUCGACUCGUGCCCGGCUUUUCCAGUGGGGGAGGCGACAAGCGGGCCAGGUGUCGCAGUAACUGCGGUGGCGCUGGACCUUGCAGCUGGUGCCGUGGUGGCUGGCUGCAGCUCUGGUGAAGUUGUGCUCUUCAUGUGGCAGAACGAGGCGCAAAGGCCUUCCCCAGCAGAAGCGGCGGAGUGGAAAGUGCAGUCUCUGCUGUUGGCUGCGCAAGAAUGUGGCACGGGGGGUUCGGGUCCCGGUGCUCAUCCGCCGGAGCCUCCAGAGCUUCCUGCUGGCUUUGUUUGUUCCAUGAGGUUGAGACAGCAUGAGGCGUGUGUCAAGCAGCUGCAAAUCAUCUCCGAUGGCAGAUCUUUUCAGAUUCUGUCCGUCGAUGCUGCUUCACGUUUCUGCGUGGUCGAUUGUUCAAGUGGGCAGUUGCUAUUUUCCCAGUCGCUGGCAUCCCUAAGCGCUGAGGUGUCUCAGCCGAAGGUGCCGCAGCCACCAGUUGAAACACUUGACACAGUUGUGGCGUCGAAUUGUAUUCUUCAGGUGACCAGAUCAAGUCCGGCACAUGCGGCGGUGCCAGCGAUGGAUGUCAACAAAUUGAAGCUGGACUUGUUGGCGAAGGAUGCCGCGUCAAACUCGAUGCAGCCCACGCCACAAGCCUAUCUCCUGGCUUUCUCCAGUGGUGAACUAAGACAAGUUGCCGGCCCGUCCAAUGAUUUAAAGCUUUUGGACAACCGCAUUAGGGAGACACGCUUGCCUCAGCUUGCUGGCGGCUCCUUCCUGGGUUGUUUCCUGAACAGCGAAAUUUUGCUGACAAUCCAAUCUUUUGGCCUCAAUGUCUUCAAGCGUGAGGGGGACAAGCUACAUUCUGCAGGGCAAAGCGUCAAGUUCAGCACUCGUGCGAUGGAGGCUGGGGUUGUAGAUUUUGACGGCGAGCUUUGUCUUUAUGCGAUCCUCCGAAGUGGACAGUUGGACAUCCUGGCUCUGCCUAGUUUGCACUCGAUUGUGUCACUUCCGGUAGGGGCUUGCGCGGCCCAAGCUUUAAAGGGCCAGGCAGACGCAACAGACGGCGAUCAGGUAGGUUGUUUUUCUGGAGGCGCGGGAGUUUGCUCGGAUGGUUACGUGGUUUUGCACUAUGCUGGGGCACUUUGGAUUGGUGGUGCUUCAGAGGCGAGGGAAUGUCGAGCUUUGGAGGCAUCUGCGAAAGCAGCUAGCUGUGCAUACUUGGUGCAGAAGCUGCACGGGAUGCCUGCAGCACCUGAUGCUCCGGAAAGGGGCACCAAGCCAGCGGGCAUUCUUGGCACACUUUUCGGGCGCACCCAGAAGACUAUGCGCGAUUGCCUUCUCCCUGCAGAGCCCCUUCCGGCCGAGGUGGAUGGGAAUCUAUUGGAUCAGGGAAGGGGGUUGGCUCCGGCCUGGCAGUCGCAAGGGCGGUCACAGCCGCAGCGUGCCCCACAGACUCAGACAACCAGACGGGCAGCCGCAGAUGUCCGGGAAGCACUAGCUGGAGCCACUGCAAACGCCGUCGAGCGAGGAGACAAGAUUUCAAGCUUGGCAGACAGCUCGCGUCGAUUAGCCGACAAUGCCGACCAGUUCCUGGACUUAGCGAAGCAGCUGAAUGCGCAGCAGAAUCGCUGGUUCUGA